AUGAAGUACUGGGCGCAAAUUAAAGUGCAGAGAGGCGCACCACGGACACAGAGCCCCCGCGACACAGAGAGGCGCACACACGCGGACACAGAGAGGCGCACACACGCGGACACAGAGAGGCGCACACACGCGGACACAGAGAGGCGCACACACGCGGACACAGAGAGGCGCACACACGCGGACACAGAGAGGCGCACACACGCGGACACAGAGAGGCGCACACACGCGGACACAGAGAGGCGCACACACGCGGACACAGAGAGGCGCACACACGCGGACACAGAGAGGCGCACACACGCGGACACAGAGAGGCGCACACACGCGGACACAGAGAGGCGCACACACGCGGACACAGAGAGGCGCACACACGCGGACACAGAGAGGCGCACACACGCGGACACAGAGAGGCGCACACACGCGGACACAGAGAGGCGCACACACGCGGACACAGAGAGGCGCACACACGCGGACACAGAGAGGCGCACACACGCGGACACAGAGAGGCGCACACACGCGGACACAGAGAGGCGCACACACGCGGACACAGAGAGGCGCACACACGCGGACACAGAGAGGCGCACACACGCGGACACAGAGAGGCGCACACACGCGGACACAGAGAGGCGCACACACGCGGACACAGAGAGGCGCACACACGCGGACACAGAGAGGCGCACACACGCGGACACAGAGAGGCGCACACACGCGGACACAGAGAGGCGCACACACGCGGACACAGAGAGGCGCACACACGCGGACACAGAGAGGCGCACACACGCGGACACAGAGAGGCGCACACACGCGGACACAGAGAGGCGCACACACGCGGACACAGAGAGGCGCACACACGCGGACACAGAGAGGCGCACACACGCGGACACAGAGAGGCGCACACACGCGGACACAGAGAGGCGCACACACGCGGACACAGAGAGGCGCACACACGCGGACACAGAGAGGCGCACACACGCGGACACAGAGAGGCGCACACACGCGGACACAGAGAGGCGCACACACGCGGACACAGAGAGGCGCACACACGCGGACACAGAGAGGCGCACACACGCGGACACAGAGAGGCGCACACACGCGGACACAGAGAGGCGCACACACGCGGACACAGAGAGGCGCACACACGCGGACACAGAGAGGCGCACACACGCGGACACAGAGAGGCGCACACACGCGGACACAGAGAGGCGCACACACGCGGACACAGAGAGGCGCACACACGCGGACACAGAGAGGCGCACACACGCGGACACAGAGAGGCGCACACACGCGGACACAGAGAGGCGCACACACGCGGACACAGAGAGGCGCACACACGCGGACACAGAGAGGCGCACACACGCGGACACAGAGAGGCGCACACACGCGGACACAGAGAGGCGCACACACAAGUCUUCGAAAAAAGAGCAUACUCGUGAAGAGUUUUUACGUACCGCACUCUCCACCAUGUCCUGGAAGCAUUUGACUUGUUCAGCUUUCCGCUACCAGGGUUGCUAG